UAACAAGAGCUAACUAAAAUGAAAUUGACGAAAACAUGCACAUGAAGUGAUUUAAUACAAACAGCUGUCCGCAUGCUAUCAAGUGGUGAAUUCGAUACCAUGGGCCCAGUGGCUCCGACAGUUCUCAGCGUGUUCCCCUGAAACCGUCACUGGAACGUAUGUCUAUAAUUAGACAGGGGAGCAAAACAACCCUAAAAAUGAGGUCACGAACGGAGAGCGCUGGAUCAGGUUCAUGUGUACAAGCGACAUUAUUUAUUGGGGUGCACGAACCACGUGCAUGUACAAUUGUCAGAGUGCUUGUGAAUAUAUUGGAUAUGCAACACGAAGCGGCGUGCACACUUUAACGGACCACUGAGUUUAUAUAAACGCCGCCAGUGACCACGAUGACCAUUUGACCGCUGCCACACCAGGAGAACUCAUUAUACAUGCGAAAUCUCUUGACCACAGCGUUUGAAGACAAGUGACCUUGAACCCCUUGUGCGGUUUAACACGCUCAACAAGUUCUCAUUUGACCCUUGACACUGAAACAAGGACAGUGUCCAUUAAAGCAUUCCGCGUGUAUAACUGACUGCCUACAGAAGACAUACAACAUGGACAUGGAGAGAAAAUACAGCUAUCAAACUGGCGAGAAAAGUACAUUCGGUACCAUUGACUAUGUGUUGUUCGGAGGAUUAUUGAUGGUUUCAGCAAGUAUCGGUUUGUUUUAUGCCAUCAAGGACAGGAAUAAACAUACAACGAAAGACUUCCUCCUUGCUGGCGGGAACAUGCACGUUGUGCCAGUUGCCUUGUCACUGCUAGCCAGCUUCAUGUCCGCCAUCACCAUCCUCGGUACCCCAUCCGAGAUGUACAAGUACGGCACCAUGUACUGCUGGAUAGGCCUGUCCUACUUCUUUGCCGUCUUUCUGUCAGCUCACAUCUACAUCCCCAUCUUUUACAGAAUUGGCAUCACAAGUUCCUAUGAGUAUCUGGAAUUCAGGUUUGGUCAAGCGGCCAGAUUGGCUGGAGCCCUAACGUACGUUGUACAAAUGACAAUCUACAUGGCCUGCGUACUUUACGCCCCCUCACUGGCCCUGAACGCAGUGACAGACUUCAAUCUGUGGGGUUCUAUCUGGGCUGUGGGGCUUGUCUGCACCUUCUACACCUCCAUUGGUGGCAUGAAGGCGGUGCUGUGGACGGACACGUUUCAGACGUUCAUGAUGCUUGUGGGGCUUCUAGCAGUGCUCAUUCAGGGCUCCAUAGAGAUUGGCGGGUUCCGGCGGGCGUGGGACAUCGCCUACAAUAACUCCAGGAUAGAGUUUCUAGAGUUCAGCCCUGACCCCACCGUCCGGCACAGCGUUUGGUCCUUGGUCAUCGGCGGCACCUUCCUGUGGACCUUCGUGUACGGCGUGAACCAGGCGCAGGUGCAGAGAGCAGUUGCCUGCCCCACCCUCAAGAAGGCGCAGCUCGCCUACUGGAUCAACUGUCCUGGCCUCGCCAUCAUCCUCUACCUCACCGCAAUGAUCGGCAUCGUCAUCUACGGCUUCUACAGCAAGUGUGACCCGCUGAGCCUUGGACUCAUAUCUGCCGGCGAUCAGCUCCUGCCGCUGUUUGUGAUGGACGUCCUGGGCCGGAUACCCGGAAUACCAGGCUUGUUUCUCGCCUGUAUGUUCAGUGGAGCGCUGAGCACCAUCUCGUCGGGACUCAACUCCAUCUCCGCAGUCAUCCUGACCGACUUGGUCAGGAAGUACUGCUGCACUAGGAUCAGCGAGAAGAAAGCAACCAUCAUCUCCAAGAUUCUCGCCGUGGUGAUCGGGUUUGCUGCUAUCGGCCUGACAUACGUGGCCGCAAUGCUUGGUGGCAUUCUGGAGGCCGCCCUGGCGUUGUACGGGAUCCUGGGAGGACCUCUACUUGGGACAUUCACUUUGGGGAUGCUCUUCCCGUGGGCCAAUCAGAUCGGCGCCGUGGCAGGGAUCGUCACAAGUCUUGUGUUCAUGUUCUGGAUCAGCGUCGGCUUCCAGAUCUACAAACCUGUGGUAGCAACGUUGGCUCCGAUCAGCAUGGUGGACUGCAACUGGAACAUCACUACAAUUGCAGCGACUGCAACAACAACUAUGUCGACAUUCACCGGAAAUGCAUCGUCAGUUCUUUCCAACGCUACUGCAGCGCCCGAAAGCACUCCCCUGAUGGGCCUCUACACGCUGUCGUACAUGUGGUAUACAGCCACUGCCGUAGCCACUACCGUCAUUGUCGGGCUCAUUGUCAGCUUCAUAACAGGCGCAACGAAACCAGAAACUUUAGAUCCACGGUUGAUGUGCCCAUUCUUCGAUAUAGUGUGCCCCUACCUCCCAGAGAAGAUCCUCAAACCGCUCAGAUUUGGAGUCCGAUAUGAUAAAUUGGGAGAGGCAGACAUUACCAGACGACCGUCCACUAGAUCUGAAGUGAACCCCCACCUACAGGACGAGAAAGAGAAGGAGGCGGCAGCGCUGGGUUGGUCCCUCGAUGGCCAGGGGGUAGACAAGGGCGCGUCUAACCCCGGCGCGGACACCAGCCUCGGAGAGAAGGGUGGGACCUCUGUGUCUACAAGACUCUGAUCCUCAUGCUGUGGAUUAGUGUGUGUUCAUGUGUCCACAGUACGUUGUAGAAGUAUUUGAACAACGUAUCAAUAUAUAGGAACAGCUUAUUGAAGUGUGACUUUAACGGCUCACACAGUCUAACAAUACAAACUGUAAAGGUAGAAAUAAUAUGUAUUUGGGCACAAUUUCCUUACUAUAGAAAUACUCUAGACGAGAAAUGUGAAGAAAUGUAAAGGCUGAUAUUGAAUGUAAAAGGGCACAAUCUCCUUAAUGUUCAAGACGAUAAAUGUGAAGAAAUUAAAUAUUCAUAAUACAAGAUAUGAGGAACUGUGUCAACACGGGGUUACCAUAGUGACGAUGAAGGAGGUGUCUGGGUUUAUCUUUUGAUUCGAACACAGGGCACAGGUCACUACUCAGAUGCACUGGGGGUUCUGGCAUAGUGUUCCCGGCUAGAUGCACGGAGGGUUCCGGUACAGUGUUCCCGGCUAGUUGCACUGAGGGUUCUGGCAUAGUGUUCCCGGCUAGUUGUACUGAGGGUUCCGGUACAGUGUUCCCGGCUAGAUGCACUGAGGGUUCCGGUACAGUGUUCCCGACUAGAUGCACUGAGGGUUCCGGUACAGUGUUCCCGGCUAGAUGCACUGAGGGUUCCGGUACAGUGUUCCAGGCUAGUUGUACUGAGGGUUCUGGUACAGUGUUCCCGGCUAGUUGAACUGAGGGUUCCGGUACAGUGUUCCCGGCUAGUUGAACUGAGGGUUCCGGUACAGUGUUCCCAGCUAGUUGUGUUCUGGCAUAGUGUUCCUGGCUAGUUGUACUGAGGGUUCCGGUACAGUGUUCCCGGCUUGUUGUGUUCUGGCAUAGUGUUCCCGGCUAGUUGCACUGAGGGUUCUGGUACAGUGUUCCCGGCUAGUUGUACUGAGGGUUCUGGUACAGUGUUCCCGGCUAGUUGAACUGAGGGUUCUGGUACAGUUUUACCGGCUAGUUGUACUGAGGGUUCCGGAACAGUGUUCCCGGCUAGUUGUGUUCUGGCAUAGUGUUCCCGGCUAGAUGCACGGAGGGUUCGGUACAGUGUUCCCGGCUAGUUGAACUAAGGGUUCUAGUACAGUGUUCCCGGCUAGUUGUACUGAGGGUUCUGGUACAGUGUUCCCGGCUAGUUGUUCUGAGGGUUCCGGUACAGUGUUCCCGGCUUGUUGUGUUCUGGCAUAGUUUUCCCGGCUAGUUGCACUGAGGGUUCUGGUACAGUGUUCCCGGCCAGUUGCACUGAGGGUUCUGAUGAAUUGUUCCCAGCUGGUUGCACUGAGGGUUCUGGUACAGUGUUCCUGGCUAGUUGCAAUGAGGGCUCUGGUGAAUUGUUCCCAGCUGGUUGCACUGAGGGUUCUGGUAAAGUUGUAGCUCACCACCUUCAGCUUGGGAGGGUAAAAAAAAUGUUAUGUUUUAGUUAUGGUUAUCUAUGUAACGCCCAUAACUGUUAUACCGCAGCGGUUGCUUGGCGGAACGGCAUCCCAGAGACCAUACCUGGGCCAGACGGCUGCAACAUUCAUUCUCUCAGCUCGAGUCAUCGCCCUGCGGAUAUCAGAUUCGUAAGCUACUCCGGGCUUACAGCUUACGUGUUUACCAGCGAGAUGGAACCGAAGACUACAACUGCAGUCUCCAUGUUUGCAUGGCACUAUGCAAGCAGCUGGAAGUAUCACACGUCGACUGUUGGGCCUGUCUCGACGUUCUCCUGAGGGCAAUGACUCAGACGGAGCUAGAAAUUGCUUCAGCAUCUGUCACCAAGAUGUACCGGUGGUGCUCGUCACCAGAUACAGCAUCUACAAAACAUUACACACCUCGGAGUAGAACCUUGUCAUAAUAGCUUCCAGGGAAGUAACGCGUACGUUCAGCAACGAGUUAACGAGGAAUAGUUGGGAAGUAGCAGUACCAAUGUCUUAUUUAUAGCCCUGGUCUCUUGGCAGAGAUCAGAUUUCUACUGGAAUGCACACAUGAAUCAGACAUCUGUAUUGAUUGUGUCUAAGACGGGAUUUGAUCAGUACAAGUUACGAAAUAAACGUAAAUAAAGGGUAGCAGGGGUGGCUAUGUUGGCCAAAGUACUACACAUUCUCGGUGGUGAGUUACGUCCCGUGUGAUCGUGAGUUCGAUUCCCAGAUUCGUCCUGAUAAUCAUUGGUUUGCCGGCACCAUAUCCGUGUUAGUUGGUUACCAAGUGAUCAACGUGUCUACCCUGUUCACGUGGACACUGAUGCGUACACGAGUAUUUAUACACACAAAAGUAAAUUUACUUACAGUAAGCAAAUGAGUCAUGUGAACACAUUUACUCACGUGUGUAACGUGGCUCAAAGAGAAUAUUUACAUUAGCAAAAGAGGUAAUGAAAAAGUAUACAGUAAACUACGGUUAUAACGAACACGCUUAUAACGAACUGACGGAUAUAACGAACUUACUUUUUUUUGUCCCAACUAUUUGCUGUAGUUAUGCUGUAUAUAUGCUUAUAACGAACUACGGUUAUAACGAACUAAAAUUAAAGGUCCCUUUGAGUUCGUUAUAACCGUAGUUUACUGUAUUUACACAUAAGUAACUUUACAUGGUGUGCAAAUUUGGCCAGGUGAACAGCAAUGAUGUUGCCUGAGCGUGUAAAGUGACGGCAUCCGAUCCAAGUAUAGCAGUGUAUUACGCUAUGUUUAAGUGCAGCAGCAUCCUGCGUGAAAACAUGAUCGGUUAUCUUGCUUUAAGGGGAGCAAAACACGGAGUUGCUCAUGACACUAAUAUAACAAGUGAAUGCAAAGUAUCUCUACUUUUACAUACAUGAAUCGCUUUACCCCCCAUGCAAAUAUACUCAUAUAUGUAUUACUGUUUAUGUGAGCGGGGUAUUAGACUUGCAUCACUUCGGGAUUGCAAGCUGCCAUUAAGCCCUGAUAUAACCGAAACAGUGGGCGGCGCAAAACACAACCCUCUCAUGCGAUUAAAAUGCUUUUGUAUUUUAGUAUUUGAGGAUAAUCGCGAAUGUCAGUGUAAAUGUAAUAAAGGACUAUUCGGGAAUGUCAGCAUAAAUAAUUUUCUGAAUAUUUUUACUUCCUCUGUGUGUGCGUGUGUGCGUGCGUGGGCGGGCGGGCGGGCGCUUGUACUAACCCCGACUUUAUAGUGCUCCCCCAUGCCGCAAUUGAACAUGGAUACCCCACUCAAACACAGCAUUUACAGACUCCGGCCUGCCAGUCCUCGUUUCAGGCCUUUAAUGCCAAGUACCAUCUUUUAACGUAUUUUGGAACGAUGAGACAACCGACUUUCCAGCCUCAAGGCAGAGCCUCUAUCCACUUGACCACGGAGGUGGUCAUUCAUCAGAAGAUGAAACCUUGAUGUUACAGUGUGGGUACUGAGAUGGCACCAGUACGUUUUAAACGAAGCCCACGAUCAUUCUAACAUUACUGUAGUCAGUCUCAUCAACAAAAGCUCCUACCGACCUGAGCUUAGAUGUACAGUCAAGUAUCUGAGAUUUCUAUCUAUUAACGAAAAAGGAAGUAGAUCGUGUUGCACAUAAACAUAUCCCAAUUCAUUAAAAUCAGAUCUUAAAUUAGUGCUCGCAACUGCUACUGCAUUACGACGCGCUACUCUGAUUUAAUGUAUGUAUGGAAAGGAUAACUCCUGUUACAAACAUGUUUAGUCAAAACUCACUGUACAGUGCUCAUUGCUUUAUAUGAAUCAGUUAUUAAAAUGGAAGUACCUUAACACAAUUGUAAUAAAACAUGAAUCUUUUGA